GCGUGGUGCUGAACGAACAGCUCCGCGGUCUCAUAAAGUAACCAGAGGGCUUGUGAGCUCCGUGAGAGGAGCACCCAGCCAUGAGCCAGCCGAGCUCCCCGUCCUCCAGACCCGCGCCGACACUCCGCCCGUCCCCCUGACGCGCACCGCGGCCACCAUGAAGCGGCAAAACGUGAGGACCCUCGCCCUCAUCAUCUGCACCUUCACCUACCUGAUAGUCGGCGCCGCGAUCUUCGACGCGCUGGAAUCCCGCAAGGAGACGAGCCAGAGGGGAGACCUGGACCUGCGGAAGGAGGAGCUGCUCAAGACCUUCAACCUGUCCACGGAGGACUUCGACGACCUGGAGCAGGUGGUGUUGGAGCUGAAGCCGCACAAAGCCGGCGUGCAGUGGAAGUUCGCCGGCUCGUUUUACUUCGCCAUCACUGUGAUCACCACAAUAGGAUACGGCCAUGCAGCCCCCAGCACAGAUGGCGGGAAGGUGUUCUGCAUGCUUUAUGCCCUCCUGGGCAUCCCUCUCACCUUGGUCAUGUUCCAAAGCGUUGGCGAGAGGAUCAACACCUUCGUCAGGUACCUGCUCCACCGGCUGAAGAAGUGCCUCGGCAUGAGGCGCACCGAGGUCUCCAUGGUCAACAUGGUGAUCAUCGGCUCCAUAUCCUGCAUGAGCACGCUGUGCGUCGGGGCGCUGGCCUUCUCGCACUUCGAGGGCUGGAGCUUCUUUCACGCUUACUACUACUGCUUCAUCACGCUCACCACCAUCGGCUUCGGGGACUACGUGGCGCUGCAGAGCGAGCAAGCGCUGCAGAACAAGCCUGAGUACGUGGCCUUCAGCUUCAUCUACAUCCUGACGGGCCUGGCGGUGAUCGGAGCCUUCCUCAACCUGGCCGUGCUGCGGUUCAUGACCAUGAACUCGGAGGACGAGAAGCGGGACGCCGAGCAGCGGGCCCUCCUCGGCCACAACGGCCAGGCGGGCGGACACGUCCACUGCUCGGCGGACCGGGCCUCCUGCUCCUCCACGCCGUCGGCGUGCGGCGGAAGAGGAGGAGGAGGGGGAGGAGGAGGAGGAAGUGCGGUCGGAGGCAGCGGGGGAGGAGCGGCCAGCCGAGGUCUGCGCAACGUUUACGCCGAAGUGCUGCACUUCCAGUCCAUGUGCUCGUGCCUCUGGUACAAGAGUCGAGAGAAGCUGCAGUACUCCAUACCCAUGAUCAUCCCGCGUGACCUCUCCAGCUCCGACACCUACAUGGAGCAGGGGGAGGCGUUUUCUAACCCGCUGCACUCCAACGGCUGCGUGUGCAGCAUGCAGCGCAACUCGGGCAUCAGCUCGGUUUCCACUGGUCUGCACAGCAUGAACUACAGAAGACUCAAUAAACGCAGGAGCUCCAUCUGAACCUGGAGGAUUUCAUGCUUUAAGGUCAAGCACUAACUCUGAGGCGCCCUCCUUCUACCGUGGUGAUGAAUUAGCUGCGGACAUCAGGGGGGAGGGGGGGAGGGACUUCAGUACCAAAAAGAGAUGGUUUCUUCUUUCUGGCCCCCCAUGUGUGUGUUUAACCUCCAGCACAAACCAUUUAGGACUAACAUCCCUACGGAUGUUACAGAGAAAUAACGCUAAUGGUUGAUGGAGAAGCAUUCGUUGCACAAACGGUGGAGCCAGGGGAACAAAGUGCAGCUUACUCUGCAGCUCAGAAUUCUCAUACUAUCAUAUUAUUGAAUUCUGUCAUUUCUUUGUUCAUUAGAUAGAAUUUCUUGUAAAGGGGACAAAUAACACUGUGAGACAUGUUUUAACGAGGGAUCGUGCGUUAUGGCCUGAAAUGAGGAACUAGUUUAUAGCUUCAUCCAUCCAAUACACUUUUUCCGAAUGUAGUCUUUGGUUGUAAGUAUUGUGCUCACUGCAGUGAAAAUAAAUAAUGUAUAUGUUUGGAAACUUCACAAGUUCUGUAGGUGUUAUUAAGGCAAAGCUUAUUUUUUCAGUGAAAGAUAAAAAAUAAAAAAAACAUCCUCUGUGUCCAUAACUGAUUUCAGGUUCAAGCCCAACUUUAUCUUCUGUCUUGGUUUUUUUUCGUCUACGAGAAAACGGUUUUCGAGGACAUUUAAAUGAUCGGUUUGAAGGAGACGGAUGGAUCACGUUUGGCUUACAUGUCUUGCGCGAGGAUUGGAGCUGUUGUGGGAAUCAAACCUGUGACAAUGUCUUUUACCACUUUGGCCUCCCCCCCGCCGACCCAUUCACUAUGAAUCGCUUUUUCAUAGUUUCUUCCUGCACAUAAGACCGUUUUAAUGUACUUGUUGCACAUCACAUGUUUUAUAUAGCACAAAUAUAUUAUGAUAGCUUGACUUAGAUAAUGUAAGCUCACUUUUAGGGAGUCAUAUCUUAUUCACUGCUGCACCUUAGAAGACAGUUGCAUAUGCUUUUGGGCAUUUAGCGCACUAUUCCGUUUGAUUUUUAAUGGAAUGACAUUGUGUUUUGUCAUGUAAAUGAUGCGCUAGAAUUCAGUCUUUAGGUGUCUUAUCAGUCUGCAAUGUUUGACUGGAUUCUGUGUUAUUAGCGAUUGAGAAUAAUAGCAGUUAACCUCACUGAUAAAUGGCCUCCGAGUUUGCGUCUCAUGCACUUAGGAUGUCUUUGCUCCAGAAACUUCAUUCAGCCAAAUGAGGUCUUUAUGCAGUGAUACUUUUUGUCCUUUUAUUAUCCAUUUCUUGCAUAAUCAUUUUCCUUAUUAUUACCAUUAUCAUUAUCAUGGCUAUUGUUAUUAUUAUUAUAAAUAUUAUUUUGUAUCUUAACUUAAUAAUGUCUCAAUAUUUUAAUUCACAUCACAUUCAUUUCAGUCACAUGUUCAGCUUUUCUUAGUCUUAUCAACAUGGUUAUUGUUAUUCAUCCCUUAUGAACUGCAAGAGAUAUUGCAGCUGGCUUUUUGUGUUGUUAUACAUUAAUCUGUUUUUUUCUUCAGUCAUAAUAAA